CUACCUGCUUCUGAGCAUGGCAAGAUCUCUGUUGUUCGUUUAUGCAUUCCUUGUGAUCUUAACGAUUUCAAUCCUACUUUACGAAGCCAUAUUCUCCGGUUAUUCAAACAGGCAAAGUCGUCAUGCAACAGUUCCCUUGCCAACGGAUCUGGCUACUUUCCGAAAUAGUUGUCUUCUCUCCACUAAAGGCCAGACUCUGACUCUCACCCUACGCAUGGCAGCCGUGCCUAAGUUGACCCAGCGUCUGUAUUGUGACUUCUUACGAUCUGCCGUUUUGUUCUGGUCACCGAAGCUGGGUCACAUCAGCGUGAUAUUAGACAAGGAAUCGGCAGCCGAUCAUCAGUUGGCAGUUCGACUGAGUCAACAAGAGCCUGCAUUUGGCGUCAAGUUUGAUUUCAUUUACGAGCCUCUCCCAAACGAUGUCUCGAUCUUGGAAAUAGAGAGAGAUCGGGGAUACAGCCGCCAACUAUGGAGCAGUUUCUUCAUGGAUCUGUCCAUCAACACAUCUAUCAUUGCAUGGAUUGACACGGACGGAAUGUUUACAACACCUGUCACCAAUGAAAACAUCUUCAACAACCAUCGAUUACGAGUAGUAACAUUUACUAACUGGAACAUUCCCCGUAGACAUGGCUGGGACAAAACAACCAAACUUGCUAUGGGAAAGAAUCUGGUGGCGGAUUUCAUGACAUAUUUCCCUGUUUAUAUCUGGAGAGAUACCAUUCGAAACUGCAGAGAACACAUUCUUAAACACAUGAAAGUAUCCAACUUUGAGGAUGCCUUCAGGAAACUGAGGGUGAAAGGGGCCAGGGUUAGCCCCGUCAACAUUUUGUUGAACUACGCUUACUUCUUUGAGCAUGAUUGUUAUGACUGGCACCUGGACGUCAACAACAACCUGGAAGCCUACAACUCCCAGCACCUUGAACCCGGUUUCGAAAUCAAACCCAAUGAGACCGUUCCAGACGUACGCGUCACAGUGCACGCAGGGAGGCACUUCUUGAAGUCUCCGAAUCCGUUGUUGCAGGGAUAUUGUAUCGUCAAGCGGUACAUCGGGACGUCACCUACCGCCUGCAGAGAAUUUGAAAAUGUCACAAACUUUCAGCUUUUUGAAUUUCUGGCGGAAAGAUUUGUUUCUUUCAACCACCUUGACACGUGGUGCUCGCCUAAUGAUGGUGGGCGCGAAGACUGCAGCCGACGGAUUGAAGCACAUUAUCAAAAUGUUCGCAGAUAUUACAAUUUGGGAUGGUACGGUCUGGAUUUGCAUCCGGUAUUUGCUGUUGAGAAAGCAGCUGCAAUGGAGAAUAUAACUUGUCCAAAACUUUUUGACUUGAAUUGAUUGGUGCAUAAAUGUCGCCAUUAAUUUAUAGUUUGGUUCUCAUAGCAAAACUCCAUAUAAUUGAAGAAUUUUGGGUCAAGUAGCCACCUAGUAGCGGCGGGUUUUUCUCUACGCCUAAAGCCUGAAAAUUUAUCUGCUAAUUUGGAAUUGAAACUGUGCCAAUUUCGCUAAAGGUUAUUUGCCACGUCUUCUAAGGGACAUAUUUUGUGUUUUCUAGGGAGAAAAUGUGAAUUUCGUAUUGAUUGUAUUUUCAUUAUUGAAAUACUCUCCCACGGAACGAUCUUAAUUUUCAGAGAAAUAAUCUGUUAUGCUUAAAAUACAUUUUUUUUUGUUGGGGAGGUGGAUUUAAAGACGUGGGAUUACAGAAUACUGGGUCAUUCUACCUGGAUUUUGUCUUCUUUUAUAUGUGUUGCAAAACAUGCAAAUGUAAAAAUGUGAAAUACCGUCAGUGUAUUAAACACCAUAUUCAUUAUUUCCCAAAUCAAACUUAAAGUAACAAAAAUAAAACACGAGGUGGAAUUACAGCACAAAACGAAAGCAGCAAGCUUUUAUCAACCGACAACAAAACCGUAGAAAAACCAGAAUGAAGAGGGAAAAACCUAAUGGAUAUUCAGAACGAAACCUCCUCUUCUGAACUAACACGUACUCCUGAAAUCUAUAUUUGAACCUCGGCCAUUACCUCAGGGAGAAUGAAGAUAGGGCUGUUUUACGCCAUUAGCCAGAAAAAUGGAUUCUUGACCAUGCCUGUGGCCUAAAACGUAGAUACACAUUUUGCGGUGUUUGCAUGAAGAGAAAAGAUCAUUUCAUCAUAUUAUGCUGAGUACAGUUUGCCAGGAAAAGAGUGGUGCUCAUUUGACAUCAUAGUGUGAGACAGAGAUUAAAUCAUGCAUCCCCCAAGAGUAAAACAUGACCUGAAGUGAUAUUGAAUCUCCAACAUGCAGAGGCUUCAUGUAAAGUAGACAGACUUAUUGUCACUGUGCAGUUGAGUAUUCAAAAAUAUGACGCAAGCCAAUUGCAAUGGGAAUUGUGUAUGAACGUUGCACUUCAGGAACAGUCUGAUUUCCAAAGAUUUGACGUCUUUGGGAAAAUGUAACGAAAAUUGUCCCAACGACUUUAGUGAAUUUUGGUCCUUGGUGUCCGUGAACUUUGAAAGGUCCGCAAUGUGUACAUUUAAAAUUCAUUUCAGCUUGCAAUUAAUCCAGGCUGUAUCUCCUACAUUUCCAUUUGGAGGAGGCCUACUUCUAUCUGUUUACAGUCAUACAUGAAAGGAAUCAUAUAUACAGUCAUAUCAAUGAAGUUACAUUUUACUAUUAAACCUAUUUUUACUGCUGUUUAUCUGAAAUUUUUAGUGAAUGGAUCCCAUCGUUUUAAAUGCUUACAUGUGUACCCCGUAGCUAUUUUGUCGUUUAUAUGCAGCCAUGCUAACUUUGAUCUUAAACCAAAUACCCCGAACAGUUUUUUUCAGCACAUUGUUCCAACCUGGUGAAAACAAUUACACGUUGUUCCGAUCCCUUGUAGCACGAAAGGCUGCCAAUACUGCAUAAACUCCAUCCAUCUCUUUCACCCAGUAUCGACUGAGAUAGCUGAAGGUUUUAAGGCCUAUAUGAAUAGCACUGGACAGAACCAACGACAAUGUGGUAAUCAAAAAGGUAUUUGAACUACCCAUUGUCUUGGUUAUGCUUACCAUUAAUAAGUUUCAAUGACCCUAGGAACAUGGGUACCCUUUAUUUACGGACUUCACAAAGGCAUUUGGUAUUGUGAAUUGUGAGAUAGGUAUCACAAACUUGUUAGUAGCUAAAAUUAACUGGGGAUAUUCCCAGGGUGCGAAACUUGGCCCGGUGACUUUCAAGCCUGGCUUUAUAAUGCAGCACGUCAUGCUCGGAGCAGCUGUUGAAGAGUAUCUGACACUGAGUAAAAAUAGGCAUUUCGAUGGUACUAGUAAGAUCGAAGAGGAACUUACUGACUUGGCAUUGGGAUUUCGCUUGACUAAUUUAAAUCCCAAACAAUGCGCAAUUAGCUUGGCAGAAGGCAUCUUCCUGAUUAUACUUCUGUACAUUAAAUAUUACUCUUCCACUGAUACCUCCAGUGUCUGCUUUCUCUACAUUAUGAGAACUUCUUUUGUGCUGAAGUCCACACUGUGUAUGUAAUGUUUAACACAGCGUGUUAAGUAGGAAGUACCCUAUCUUAAGUGGGUUGGUAAUCUUGUCGGCAUGACUAAUAAGGUCAACAGGAAAUCCUGGAUGCGGGGAAAUUGAACAAGGAACAGUGUGACUCAUACUUAACUUGUUGCUCUGUAUAAGGGUUACACGUAGUGGCGUAUCCACGGGGGAGCUUUGGGGCACGUACCCCUCCCCCACACACACGCACAUUCCCGGUGCCUCCCCCCCCCGAAAAAACCGGAUGAAUGGAUAUUGAACAAGGUUAACAAAACGUUGUCCCCAAAAGCCACACCACUGAAAACUGGUGCCCACCCCCAGAUGCGUGCCCUUUUGUGCCUCCACUAGUAAAAUCCUAGCUACGGCACUGGUUUACAUGAGACCUGUGACAGAAUAUGCAGCUUCUUCAUGGCAUUCUGGUUUUACUCACAUUCAAACUGACGAUUAUUAGAAUCCAUACAAACAUAAUGUGUAGUAUCAUACUUUGUCAAACGUGCAGUUGAUGUGACCAUGUGUUGAUUUUAGACUAGAAACACCAUCUGGCAAAAGAAGGGAAAAUUUGCUUUGAAAGAAUUUAACUCUUAGACAGAUAGAUUUUUGAGUGGUUUGUUAGAUUUAAGUAAAGGCAGAAUCAUCGUGGAUUCACUGAGUUGAACACUCUCCAAUGUCUGUCGGUUAAAUUUUAUCUUACGUAUUGUAUGUACCAUGGAGUGUGUUUAUUAGUAGACACAAUACAUGUGUAAUGUUCUCUUUGUUUUAUGUAAAUUGUAAUAUUUGUUAGUAUGUAUCAUACUGUG